UCAACAUUCAACGACAUCCUGUAUUGACAUUUUAUCUGAUUUGCAUAAUUACAUGGUCUCCCAACUUUCGGCUUUGAUGACGGUAAGAGUACCCGCAAACGAAGCAAAGAUUCACCAGGCCAGCGGGCAAAGCGAGGGGUUCUCCUCGAAACAACAUCAUUGACCCCCCUUACUGAUAGCAGGAACCCAGGAGCCCCCCUCGUGUGCAAGCUGAAUGAUCAUUUGCCCUGAACCCACUCCAAGCGAUGCUCGGACUGCACUGUGCUGAAAGCUAGCCAACCGGCCAGCUUUGACCCACAGGCAAUCCCUCUCCAAGUCAAGGAUACCCAACUCGGAAAAUGACAUGCCGUUGUGCAACAGCGGCUCGAAAGUCACUGUCCACCAACGAUAGGAAUCACGAAUGAUCCCAGAGCAAACAUGGUUCGUCAACCGUAUCGAGCUUGACACGACAGAGGAUAAAGACGGGGGGACUCAACCGUCACACUGGUUCAUCUGUCAGUACAAUGGCUAGGACAAAGACGAGGUACUUAGCGUUGAAGGAACCUCAAAAGCAACUGGGGCAUGCUCAACGAAUGAGCGGGGUGGAAAAAAUUGGGACAGCAGACAUGUCCGAAAACUUGAGCACGCACAUGGACCCACCUCAGCACCCAGAGGAUGCCAGAGGUCAGAUUCCGCGAGUAACGAAGAACAAUGGGAUACACCACAACAACGCCAUAAACCGACACCUCCUCGUGCGCGGACAACCAAACCAAAUUGCUGACUCUCAAUACUCCGCUGUCAAUCCAGCGGAAAUGCUCGACAAAGGCAGCGUAAGCACGUAG